AGGGGUCAAAAUGAAAUUUUAUCAACCAGACAACCCCUUAUUUCUCAUUGUCUGUCACCCUGAAACAGAAUUUCGAAACCCCCAAAAUUCUUCUCAGCGGACCAUCUAUCAUCACUCAUCAGUCUUCACAUUUACCAAACCCUAAAAUGAUAGUAGCUUUAUCGACCUCCAUCACCACAAUCAAGUCCAUGGUCUCCAAUAGAAGCUCCAUCAGCACUACUCCACGGAGCAUGUCCGCUUUCGACGCUCGCUUCUCUCUCGUCCUUGCUCUCGCCGCCCAAACUUCCUCUCUCUCUGAGCGCGUUUUGAUGAAUUUGGCUACUGAAACUGCGAAAUACGUGAUUCCACGGAGGUUCGAGAGUCGUAAUUUGGAGGAAGCUUUGAUGGCAGUUCCAGAUCUUGAAACGGUGAACUUCGUGGUUUUGAGCAGGAGAGAUCAGUAUGAGAUAAGAGAAGUCGAGCCAUUUUUUAUAGCUGAGACAACAAUGCCUGGGAAAUACGGAUUUGAUUUCAAUGGCGCGUCGCAGUCCUUCAACGUCUUAGCGGAAUACCUGUUUGGUAAGAAUACAAUGAAAGAGAGUAUGGAGAUGACCACCCCUGUCUUUACUCGUAAGACUCAAUCUGAUGGGGAGAGAAUGGAAAUGACAACCCCUGUGAUAACAAGAAAGCUGGAAGAUCAAGAAAAGUGGCUGAUGUCUUUCAUUAUGCCCUCAAAAUAUGGUGCCAACUUGCCACUGCCCAAAGAUUCAUCUGUUAGGAUCACAGAGGUCCCAAGGAAAAUUGUUGCGGUUGCUGCCUUUUCAGAAUGUGGCAAAAGAAACAAUUGGGAUGGAAUAAAAUCUGGCUUUGUAACUGAUGAUGAAGUUACGCGUAGGGAGUCAAAACUAAAAGAUGCUCUAAAGAAUGACCCUGAAUUUCAAGUAAAAGAGGGUGCAUCAGUGGAAGUCGCACAGUAUAAUCCUCCUUUUACACUACCGUUUACUCGUCGGAAUGAGAUUGCUCUUGAAGUUGAGAGAAAAACAGAAUAGCUCUUUAAUGUGCAUUAUGAUCGCACCAGUGUAUGAAAACUUGCCUCGCAGUGCAUGACAUUGAUACCAACUCUGUCAGUUAAUACUAAAAUUUAGAACAUCCUGUAAAUGACUUGGAUUUGAUGGCAUAAAGUGUAUACGUUUGAUAUUUUCUAUCA